UCCUGUUUGUGUCACAUGUAAAGACAGCCGGUUGAGUCAGGAAGAAAAACAUUUAUUGAGGGCAACAGUGUCUAUUUCAUCGAGGUAUCAUAAUGGCACCGUUGUGAGGUUGGUAUGUUUGGCCGAGCAACACAUUUCCGUUGGAGAAGGUCUGCCCUUUGGCAGGUUGUUGCCUUGCUCAGCCCAUCUGCCACUGGGAGAAGCUAACAGUGAAGCAGCAUGUCCAGUGGGAAUGAGUCCUGUCUGUUUGAGAACGGAUCCGUCAGCUUCUUCUCCUGCUUAGUUCAUGUGUGGGAGGAGUGGGCAGGACUCGGGCAGCUCGAGGACUACCUCAGUUUCUUUGAGUAUCUGCUCUGGGUUUUCACACCUCUAGCCAUAGUCUUCAUUCUGCCUUUUCUCAUAGUUAUCUUCCUCUAUCUGUCCAUACUCUUUCUCCACGUGUACAAGCGCAAGAUCCAGUUGAGGGAAGCUUAUUCCAAUAACCUGUGGGAUGGUGCGAGAAAAACUCUGGCAACCCUAUGGGAUGGACAUGGAGCUAUUUGGCAUGGUUAUGAAAUCCAUGGUUUAGAAAAGAUUCCAGAUGAAGGACCUGCUCUCAUAGUCUACUAUCAUGGAGCUAUUCCUAUAGAUUACUAUUAUUUCCUGGCAAGUGUUAUCAUUCAAAAGGGAAGAACUUGUCAUUCGGUGGCUGAUCAUUUUCUGUUCAAGGUCCCAGGGUUUAAGCUCCUCUUGGAGGUGUUUAGUGUGAUCCACGGGCCGCAGGAGGAGUGUGUGAAGGCCCUGCGGAACGGCCACCUCCUGGGCAUCUCUCCUGGAGGAGUACGGGAGGCCCUGUUCAGCGAUGAGACGUACCCUCUGCUCUGGGGCAAACGCAAAGGAUUUGCACAAGUGGCCAUUGACUCUAAAGUGCCAGUUAUACCCAUGUUUACUCAAAACUUGAGGGAGGGAUUUCGCUCUCUUGGAACAUUAAGGUUUUACCGCUGGGUGUAUGAGAGGUUUCGUCUACCGAUAGCACCCAUUUAUGGAGGAUUUCCAGUCAAAUUUCGCACUUACUUGGGUGACCCCAUUCCAUACGACCCCAAACUCAAUGCAGCGGAGUUGGCUGAAAAGUGUACUUUCUUCAAUCGAACCCAUCUGUUCAGGUGCAACAGGCAGUUCAAGCACUUAUCGACAAACACCAGAAGAUACCUGGAAACAUCCUCCGAGCUCUUCUAGAGCGAUUCCAAAGGGAACGCAAAGAAGAUUAGCACACUUGCCUUCUCUCAGACUGAACAAAUAAAUAUGCUUCUAGCAUAAUUUAACUGCAUACUGGAGAUUUUAUAAUAUUGUUACAUAAUAAAUUCAGCAACGUUACUGACACUGUAAUGGACGUAUCAGUAUAUAUCACAAUGUUGCAUAUCUGAUAAUGGUGCGUGUCUUUGUAACUUCUUUUUACGUGUAGUCUUGUGCAUGUCGAAGAGUGUGUGUUUUUGUGAAUUGUCUUUGUUUUUUUUUUGUUUAACUCUACAACUUAUUUGCACACUUUGAUUUUAUUCAAAGGACCACUGCCAAAAUAGUUCCACAAAGCCUUUGGUUAGUUUUUCUUUCUUUUUUAAAUGUCCUUUAAAAAAAAUAUAGCAUUCUAUCCUGGAAAUCGAUUAUAUUUAUCUAUCUGAAGGAAAAUAGUGCAUACUGUGAUUUUGUAAGCACACUUAAUAAUAAUGAUAAGAGAUACAUGCUUGAAUAUUUGUUGUUUGUUGAAUACAUACAGUUUUAAUCUAGCAUUUCUGUAUUAACUCUCAAGAGGUGAACUGCUGUCUAUUUAAGCAUCAGUUGAUAUUGAUUUGUCCUGCUCUCAAAAAAAAAAAUAAGUAUGCAACUGCUAAUGACUUUAUUCAGGCGACAACGCAUACAGGUCUUUCAGAAUUCAUUAAGAUUUUGUAACAUUCCUGAAAUGUAUUGAUUUACUAGUUCAUUACAUCAAGGCUCUUCAAACCUAAUAAGUAGAAAUAAUGGCUGUAAAUGUGUGAUUUUUAUAAGAGAUUUUAUUAUUCACAAUAAAACUGAAUAUUCUGAUGGAUUCAGUGUUGGUAAAACAGUUUUAAUGCAAUCGUGUGCUCAGUGAAGCACUCUUCCAUGAUCCUUUGGGAGACAAAGAUCAAAUGUCAGCAUGAGCGCGGUCUUAGUCACCCUUGUCCUGUGAUGUCUGUGCACAUCCGGUGUAUUUGGUGUAUGAUAUGCAAAUGCACCAGUGUUGCUAUUUAUAAAUCUGUUUGGUAUUAACUUACAGCAUCUGUGCAUCCAUUGUAACUCUCCCCCCAAAAAAAAU